GCAAGGCCCCGAGUCCUGGAGCAAUCGCAGCCCCAGUUUUAACGCUUAAGACACCGUGGUUGUAAUUUCGACUCCACUAAUGGGCCUUCCCUGAGCAGCACACUCUCUCACUUCGCUCUUUAAGUCACUCUGAAUGCUGGUGAAUUUAUCAUUCUUUGGGUGAUCUGCGCGCGCCCGUGCGUUUUCAUAAAACGAAAGUCAACACGUUUUCGUUACUUCUAAGCAAAUCGAAAAUUCCACUUUCCCGCCGGCUGUUAACUGGAACGUCUGGCCAGCCAGGAGGAACAAGGACAGGGUACCCAAAGCAGAGGCCAUUAGCAGUCUGCGCCUUAAAAAAAAUAAAAGUCCUCACUCCGCCCCCUUCCGCCCCGCCCCGCGUCGCCUCCACUCCUGAGAUCCAAGCAGUCCUCCCUGGUUGCGCGGAACUCCCGGCGUCGCCGCGGGCCUGGAAUCAGGGGUACGGGGCGGGCGGGGCUGAGUUGUAGCCACCUGCUCUUCCACUCGUUGGAGGUCAAGUCCAAGGGAGCAGGCUUGGACCCGGGAGCCGCAACUCCGGAGCCCACGCUGGGCAUAUGGACGCGCCGGGGGACCCCGAAGGCCCACGCCCCCCAGGAGGUGACGGAGAGCCACCGGGCCCGACGCGCCUCGGCGGCUUGGGUCCUGUCUCUUUAACAACGACUGAAGUAGCUUUAGCUUGGUUUGUUAACGAGAGGUGAUGGUCCUCCAGGAAGUGCAAGGGAGACACCCAGCCGGCUUUCGAGAGAGCAGAUUUUUGUGCUGAUAUCAGCAGCUUCCAUUAACUUAGGUUCCAUGAUGUGCUAUUCUAUCCUUGGACCCUUUUUCCCCAAGGAGGCUGAAAAGAAAGGAGCCAGCAACACAGUUAUUGGUAUGAUCUUUGGAUGCUAUGCUUUUUUUGACUUGCUGGCCUCUUUGGUAUUUGGAAAAUAUCUUGUACACAUUGGAGCAAAAUUUAUGUUUGUAGCAGGAAUGUUUGUCUCAGGAGGAGUUACAGUGCUCUUUGGUGUAUUGGACCAAGUACCAGAAGGACCAGUGUUUAUUGCUAUGUGCUUUCUAGUGAGAAUAACCGACGCAAUAAGUUUUUCUGCAGCAAUAACUGCAUCAUCUUCUAUCCUUGCAAAGGCUUUUCCAAAUAACGUGGCUACAGUAAUGGGAAGUCUUGAGAUUUUUUCUGGACUGGGAUUAGUGCUAGGGCCUCCUUUGGGUGGCUUCUUAUAUCAGUCCUUUGGCUAUGAAGUGCCUUUCAUUUUUCUGGGAUGCAUAGUUCUCCUGAUGGUACCCCUCAACAUGUGUAUUUUACCUAAUUAUGAGUCUGAUCCAGGGAAACACUCCUUCUGGAAACUCAUCACUUUACCCAAGGUGGCCUUUUUAUCCUUCGUCAUCACCUCUCUCAGCUCGUGCUUUGGCUUCCUUGAUCCGACCCUGUCCCUCUUUGUUUUGGAGAAGUUUCAUUUACCAGCUGGAUACGUGGGACUGGUAUUCCUGGGUUUGGCGCUGUCCUACACCAUUUCUUCACCACUGAUGGGCCUACUCAGUGAUAAAAUGCCACAUCUAAGGAAAUGGCUUCUAGUUUUUGGAAACUUAAUCACAGCAGGAUGCUACUUGCUCUUAGGACCUGCUCCAGUCUUGCACAUGAAGAGUCAGCUCUGGCUGCUGGUGCUGAUACUAGUCAUAAAUGGUGUCUCUGCUGGAAUGAGUUUAAUUCCAACUUUCCCGGAGAUUCUCAGCUGCGCUUAUGAAAAUGGGUUUGAAGAAGGAUUAAGUACCUUGGGACUUGUGUCAGGUCUCUUUGGUGCAAUGUGGUCAGUGGGUGCUUUUGCAGGACCAACACUGGGGGGAAUUCUGUAUGAAAAAAUUGGUUUUGAAUGGGCAGCUGCUCUACAAGGGCUCUGGGCUCUGACAAGUGGACUCCUAAUGGGCGUGUUUUACUUAGUGGAGCACUCAAGGAGAAGGAGGAGAUCUAAACUUGAAAAUGUCCUCAGCACACAGGAGGAACGGACUGCUCUCCUGCCAGGUGAAACAUAGCCUUAGGAAUCCCAACUGAUACAGGGCUGGGAGGCGCAUGCACCUGGCCUUGAACAGCAAGGUUGGAAGAAUUUUCUUAAUUUUUAUAUGCAAAACUCCAUGGACCACACAGCAACAUCCUGGAAAUGUUAACAUAGUUUUGGGUGAUUCUAUGCUGGACUGUACUUAGGUUUGUCCUGAAAAGCUGGCCUGCUGAACCAGCCAUAUUUGAAACCUUAAAUAUGAGAUGAGCUGUUGAAGAUAACAAAAGUCUGUGGUUUUGAGUGACCAAACUUGACCUUGAAGAUGUUACUGACUCUGGGUUUCCUAUUUGCCCUCUUUACAUUUUUUCUAAGUGCACUACUUGUGUGAGUGUACCUUUUUUUUUUUUUAAUUAACAGGGAAAGAAAUGAUUUGAUAUCUGUAAAAAGAAUAUAAAAGAUAACUCAAAAUAUGCAGAAUAAUAACUGUGAAAUCUGUUUUUAAAAUAUUUGCUUCCUCUCUGUUCUGAGAUGUUUUUGUUCAAAGGCUAAAUUUCAGCCUACCAUGUAAAAAUUCUAUAGCAUAUCCUGGCUCUAAGCUUUUCUAACACUUUUGUUUGUGUGGAAGAUACAAGAAUAAUAUGACUUAAUACUUCCAGUCUUUUAGCAGGCUUUGAAUUAUAAUCUGGAUUUAUAAAUAAUAAUUGGUAUAAUACUAUUAAUUUUCCUUAAUGUCUCUGUUUCAGCUCGGUAUACAUAUACAUAUAUAUAUAUAUAAGUAUAUAUGUAUUUUUUUUGCUCAUUCCCAGAGCAAGUGAGCCCACAGUAAUGUUUGUUCUCUCUUCGGCAAGGAGUUGCUCUGACUUCAUGUGAAGUCCAUGCUCUUGUUUGAAGUGAGUGAAUCUGCUGUGCAACUCUUAUGCUUCCUAGUUUCCAUAGUGUAGGAGCCACAUUUACACCCUCCUUUUAAUAGAAGAAAUGUUUUUUAAAAUAUCUAUUUAUUAAUUUAAAAAUGUUUGUGGAAUACCUUCUUUGAACUGACACUGUGCUUGGUGUUAGGGAUUUAGCUGUGAAUAAGAUAAACACAGUCUCUGCCUUUAUAGAACUAAUAUUCCAGUGACAAACAAUAAAUAAAUACCAGAAUCUCUAUUAUCUUACAGAGAUGCUAUGAAGGAAAAAACCUGGCAAUAUGAAAGAGUAAUUGGAGUUCCUGUCGUGGCUCAGCAGGAACGAACCUGACUAGUAGCCAUGAGAACUCGGGUUUGAUCCCUGGCCUUGCCCAGUGGGUUAAUGAUCCCACGUUAUCAUGAACUGUGGUGUAGAUCUGGCAUUGGAUCUGGCAUUGCUGUGGCUGUGGUGUAGGCCGGCAGCUGCAGCUCUGAUUCGACCCCUAGCCUGGGAACUUCUGUAUGCCAUGGGUGUGGCCCUCAAAAGACCAAAAAAAAAAAAGAAAGAAAGAAAGUAAUUGAGAGUAAUUGGCUGGGCUUGAUUAGGUGUGGGAUCCUGAGAGAAGCCCUCUCCAUGGAGGUGGGGCUUUUGAACCGACAUCUGAAGAAUGAGCAUAUGCAAAAGGGCUUGCCAGUGGUCGAGAGAAAGUCAGGGCCCACGUGGCUGGAGUCUGGUAAAGAAAGUUUUUUAAUGGAGGACACUGGAAUUUACUAUUUCCAGAAGGUCAUUUUGCAUUUGUGUGUACAAGGUCAGUGGUGAUGCUCAUCCCCGGAGGUAGAUGGAGAUCUUUGGAAGCUUUGAGAGAGACAUCAAUGGUUUGGACCAGGCAGGUGGUGGUAAAGUGGGGAGAAAAGGAUGUCUUUGGAAGUGGAACCAACAGGACUUGCUAUUGUGUUUGGGAAAUGAGAGAGGAAUUCAGCAUGACUCCUAGUUUUUAUGUUUUUUGUUUUUUAGGAUGACUCCUAGUUUUGGCUUGAGGGUGUAGGUGGUCAGAGGUACCUCUUAGUGAAAUGGGGAAGAAUGGAAGCAAAACAGAUCCUGAAGGUGCAAAUUAAACCAUGACAGGACACCUUUUCACACUACCAGAAGGGGAAGAAAAAUUAAAAGGCUCAUAAUACCCAGGUUGGAUAAGAAGGACAGCAGUUGGACCUAGGAACCGGACCAUCUCAUAAGACUGCUGGGCAUUAGGUGCCAAAAUUGAAGAUUUACAAAUCCCGGGAAUGCUUCAUUCCCCUCUGUAAUUCCCCCAAGUCCCUUGGUCUGAUCCAGUGCCCACCAAGCAGAGUGACCUGUCACCUUGCCCCUGCUUCCUGGAGCAGCACCAGGACAGAGUGUGACCCCAACCCGCUGCACUCGUGGGGGGUGCAGAAGAGCCAGGUCUCCAUCGCAUUGGUUAAAUUGCCCUGCUUCCCCCCCCCCCCCGCCCCGCGCCGCCCCCCGUGCUUUUCUACCGUAGAUGCAGACUCUGGCUAGCCCGCUGCCCCUCCCUCCAGCAGCCGAGGAUGGGGCUGAACGCCAGCAGUUCCAACUUCUGCCGCUGGAGGCCGCUAUUAAAGCACCGCAGGAAUUAGCUGGUAGCUCACCGCGGCAUCAAGGGCGCCUGGCUCGCUCCGCCCCCAGCCGGCGGCUCCGCAUCACUUAGGACAGUCAGUGUCUAAACCGGCCCUGUUGACUGUUGGGAGGUCAAGGUCAAGGCAAAGAUUCCAGUCCUCCUGGGGAGAUAGCUUUUAGUUCCCACUCCCAACACUCAGCUGUCAAUAUCUACUGUGGGUACCAGUGUAUUUAAAAAAGCUUUGUACAAAACCAAUUUUGCCCUUUUCCAUCUUAUGAUUCUGAAGUAUGAAUGUUGACAAAAAAAGUAAAAAUGUAAGAAACGAUAGUAGAACUAUGAACAAUAAAACCAAAAGAUAGGUCAGAACUAUCAAAGGAAAUCUGUUUGUAUUCAUAUUUGUAAAUAUUUGUAUUUUAUUUAUUAUUAUUAUGUUUGCCUUUUUGCCUUUUCUAGGGCGGCUCCCGCGGCAUAUGUAGGUUCCCAGGCUAGGAGUCGAAUCAGAGCUGUAGCCGCUGGCCUACACCAGAGCCACAGCAACGCGGGAUCCGAGCCACGUCUGCAACCUACACCACAGCUCGCGGCAACGCCGGAUCCUUAACCCACUGAGCAAGGCAGGGAUAGAACCUGCAACUCAUGGUUCCUAGUCGGAUUCGUUAACCACUGAGCCACGAUGGGAACUCCUAUAUAUUUGUGUUUUAAAUGUAACAAAGAUGCCCAGUUUAAACUCUUUUUCUUUUUUUAAAUGAGCCUGAAUGUAGAAUAUAAUAAAUAAGCGGUAUCUUUUAUGUUACAAUCAUAUUGCAACCUGUACAUACAUGACAUAUAGACUAAUCAAAGGAAAAAUAAAAAGGGCAAAUAAACUCCCAAAUUCUCUAACUUUAAAAAAAAAAUUUAAUUAUUAAAAAUUUUUUAAAUUAUCUUAAAAAAAUUUUUUUUGAGGUAAUUACUGAUUCACAUGCAGUUGCAUGAAAAAAUUCACAGAGGUCAUCCGUACUCUUUACCUAGAUGCCCUCAAUGGUAAUGUAAGGGAGAAACCUUACUGAGGGAGCUUUAGUGGUCCUGCCCAGCCAUUGGUUGGCAAUGCAGUGAGCCCUUACCAAUAGCCAUUGGCUGUAAGUGACUGACCAUUGGCCCCUCCUCCUCCCCUUCCUGUGUAUAAAAGAAGACCGAAUUUGGAUUGAGAGAAGAUGGUUUUUUGAGACACUAGUCUGCCAUCUUCUUGGCCGGCUAGCUUUCCAAUAAAAGUCAUUAUUCCUUGCCCCAGUAAUUUGUCUCUGUCACCCUCACUUGCUCAUUAAUUUUUGACAACCACUAAUCUGUUCUCCAUUUCUGUAAUUUUAUCGUUUCAAGAAUGCUGCAUAAAUGGAAUCAUUUGGUAUGUUAUCUUUGGGGAUUGGCUUUUUUUCAUUCAGAAUAAUGCUCUUGAAAUCCACCCAUCCUGUGUGUGUCAGUGGUUUAUUCCUUGUUGAGUAGUAUUCCAUGCUGUGGACAUACAGCUUGUUUAUUUUUCCACCGAAGGACAUCUGGAUUGUUUUCAGUUUUGGGGUGUAAAAUAAAUAAAUGUGAACAUUCAAG